AUGGGCAAGAAAGGUAAAGCAUCUCGACCUUCGAAGGCAUCGAGUGGCGUAGCAGCAGCAGCAGCAGCCGCGGCACCGAAGGCAGACAGCUCUUUGCAUGGCGAGACGCUCAAGAUGAUACAGGAGCUUGGUAUCUCCGGCGCUGCAGCUGUUGGUGACGGCGCGGAACCAGCAGCGGGAGCAAGCACCGCCAAGCCGGCGGCGGCACCGACGGCACCGGCGGCAGCGGCGCGGAGGGACUCGGGCAGCGGAAACGGAAACGGCGGCGGUGGGAGAGGGGCCGGUGGCUGGCGGGGGGGCGGCGGGAGGGGAGGAAGGGGCGGCGGGAAGGGAAGAGAAAGCGGCGCAGAACAGCACGGUGGUGGCGGCGGUGGAAAGGUAGAUUUCAAGAGGGACAGCAGGAAUGACGGGAAGGGGGGGCGGGGCGGCGGGCGGGGCGGCGGCGGGGGGCGCGGAGGAGGAGGAAGAGGAGGAGGAGGAGGUGGGGCGUGGGGAGAGCCAGCGGACUUGGGGCCGUUUGGCGGGAUCCGCCUCAAACAUCCCGUUGCUGACAGCGAGGGGAGCUGGUACGAAGACGUCCCCGCGUCGCUCGGUGGCAAAGCCGGCGGCGGCAAACGCGGCAAGAAGGCCAAGGCAGGGAAGGCGAAAGCCGUCGAGAAUGGUUCCUCCUCGACAGCUUCCCCCGCGAUGACGUCACAGGCACGCGCCGCGGGCAAGGCGCUCCUGGAAGCGGAGGUGGCGGCGUGGACGGCGCAAAGGGAGAGGCACGCUAGCGGGGAUGAUAAGUGGGUGGCCCAGGUUUUGCGAGGCGGGACUCUGUCGGACAAGGUGGCGGCGCUGACCCUCCAGGUGCAGGAGAGCCCGGUUCACCGCCUGGCGGUGCUGGACGGUCUGCUGGACCUCGGCCUCAAGAAAGAGAGGCGCACGGCCCAGAUGGCUCUGGAAGCCCUCAAGGAUCUGUUCAUCACCAACCUUCUACCGGACUCUAGGAAACUCGUGCCCUUCGAGACACGCCCGUUGCUCCAGGCCCUAGCCUCCGUGACGGAGGAGGGGAACAAGGGGCAGGGGGGAGGGGGUGACAGCGUCCCGGGGGGGGGACGGGGGGUCAACAGCCCCGGGGGCAAGGCGGCCGGAAAGGCGCUCCUGAUGUGGUACUACGAGGAUCAGAUCCUGAACAGGUUCUACCGCCUAGUCGGGGCGAUCGAGGCCGGUUCGAGGGACACGGUGGAGAACUUCAAGAGGUUCAGUCUAGAGGCGGCCAAGGACCUGCUGGAGGCCAAGCCCGAAGGCGAGGGGCGGCUGCUGGCGCUCCUUGUGAACAAGCUCGGAGACCCGGACAGGAAGAUAAGCUCCAAGGUAAUCCACCUGUUGCAGAGGCUUCUGGCGAAGCACCCGGCCAUGAAAGGGGUGGUCGUGCGGGAGGUGCAGCAGUACCUUCACAGACCGGGCCUGCAGCCCAAGGCCGUCUACGCCGGCAUCAUCUUCCUCAACCAGGUGUACCUCACUGCCGGCGAGGACGGAGCGAUCGCUUCCACCCUCGUGCAAACCUACCUCCGCCUCUUCGAGGGAGCCACCUCCUCCUCCUCCUCCUCCUCCUCCUCAGCAAGCGACGGCAAGAAGGACAGGGGCAAGCAGCAGCACGGGAAGAAGAACGAAGAAAACGCCUCCUUCUAUGCCGGGGGGUCGGGGGCGAAGCUGCUCUCGGCCCUCCUGACGGGCGUCAACCGCGCGAGGCCUUACCUUCCUCCGGGGGACCCGGGGGUUGAGGGGAGGACGGCGUCGCUCUUCAGGGUGGCGCACACCGGGGGGUUCGCGACAACGACGCAGGCGUUGUCUCUGCUGUUUCAGGUCGUUUCGGCCGCCCCGGCCAACAAACCGGCCGCGGGUUCCGAUAAGAAGCCUGCUGCCAAUGGAAAACCCAUCGCCGCGGCGGCGGCGGCGCAUGGGGAACUCGCAGCCGGUGGCGAGGGGGGUGCCAACAUCUCGGCCCGGUUCUACGCGGCGCUGUACGCGAAGCUCCUGUCGUCAGACCUCGGGGGGGCUUCGAACCCGGUCCUGUUCCUUAACCUGGUGUACAAGGCGAUCAAGGCUGACACGGAGGAGGCGAGGGCGGCGGCGUUUGCCAAGAGGCUGCUGCAGGUGACUGCUGUCUGCGACGCCCCUCUUGCGGCGGCGGGACUGUUUGUCGUGUCCGAGGCUCUCAAGAAGCAUCCCGAUCUCAGGCGGUCGCUGUUCGAGAACGCUCGUCCCGCCGCCAGCGGUAGCUCUGCUGCUGCUGCUGCCGCUGCCGCCACCACCGCUCCAGCCGCCCACGGAGACGUGAUGGAUCUCGAGGAGCCGCCGCCGGCGGCGACGGGUGGGGGAGAAAGGAACGCGUCUGCCAGCGCCAGGAAGACUGGGGGGGGGGGGGACGCGGGGAUGAGCAUCCCCGGGUACGACCCUUCCAAGAGAGAUCCGCGCUUCGCCUUCGCAGGCGGAGGGGGAGGGGUUCAGCCGCUUUGGGAGGCGUCGCUCCUCCGGUCGCACGUGCACCCUUCCGUGUCGAGGUUCGCCGACAGCCUGGUGUCCAAGCAGCAGAACCACGCCGUCCAGUACAAAGGGGAUCCCCUUGCCGACCUGGCCCUGAUGCCCUUCCUCAACAGGAUGGCCUACAAGAACCCCAAGGCUAGGGACGACAAGAACCAGGGGCGAGGAAUGCGGCGAGUGAAGCCCCCCGUGGGCGAAGCGGACGCGGCCGUUAACGACGACGCCUUCAUCACGCAGCCCAAGGAAUCUGUCUCCGCCGACCAGGUUUUCUUUCACAAUUUCUUCCGGGAGAAGGCCACGCGCGACCGCGCCAGGGGCAUCACGUCCGCUUCCUACAGAAAGAAGAAGGCGGCCGCCGCCGCCGCAGCCGCCGCCGGCGGAAAGGGCGCUCGGAGGCGCCAAGACGACGAGGAUGACCCCGAUAGUUCGUUCAUGGUGGAUGACGUUGCCGAUGAGGCGGACGAUACGGCCGGGUUGGGGGACGAUGACGAUGCCGAGGAAGAGGCGUUUGCGAUGCAGCUGGCCGAGGGGUUGAUGCGCGAUGCCGCCGCCGGAGGGGGCGGAGCGGCAGGGCUCGACGACGAGGAUCCGGACAUGGAUGGCUGGAGCGAUAUGGACGAUGGCGAUGACGACGACGAUAGCGAUGACGAGGGCGGCUCGAAGCGCAAGGGCAGCUUCAAGGCAGGGGGCGAUGCCGACGAUUUCAUGGAGGCCGAAGACUCGGACAGCAGCGAUGGCGAAGAUGAACAAGACAGCGAUGGGCAGAUCACAGGGGCCGCGGCUCUCAGGAAAAUCGCAGACGGCCUGGACGAAACGGGCGUAGAGGACGAUGAGGACGAGGGCGAGGAAGGGGAAGAGGAAGAGGAGGACGAAAGCGGGGACGGCGGGAAGGGCGGAGGAGGAGGGAAGAAGGUUUCGACGAAGGGCAGGAGGGUGAGCUGGCUGAAGGAGGGGAAGGUAGCCCCUGAAGAAGAGGAGAGCAGUAGCAGCGAGAGCGAAGACGACGAUGACGAUGACGAAGAAGAAGAAAGCGAAGAAGAAGAAGAAGAAGAGGGUGAGGGCAGCAGCGGCAGCAGCAGCGGCAGCAGCGGCGGCGGAAGUUCGCAGGAUGAAAUGUCCAUGAUCUUAGCCGACGACGCCACAGACUCAUCUUCCUCAGAGGAAGAUGGCGGUUUCACCGAAGAAGCUGGUGCCGGCAAGAAACGCACCAAGGAAGCGCCACCCGAAACCGCUUCUUCCACAGGAGGCGGAGGGGGAAGGAGCUCUAGCAAGAAUGCGGCCAAGCGGCCAAGCCACGGCAGUCGAAAAAAGGGACGAAGUACCGGCAAGGAGGAGGAAACGGCGUUUGCGAGCUUCGAAGACUACCAGAAAGUGCUGGAUGCGUGGGACCCCGACAAUCCGGAGGCGCCGCUGCCCGCGAAGGCGUCAUCCCUCUCCGCUGGACGUAGUAGCAGCAAGGCUUCUUCGAGAAAGCGGGGAGGGGGGACGGGCCAGGGGGGAAGCAGCAGCAGCAGCAAGGGGGCGGCGGGACGGAAAAAACAACGGAAGGGCUGA